UUCAGCCAAUCAGCAAGGUUAUCGCUAUAAGCCCCUCCCCAAGGAAAAGUAUCUAGUCUGUGUCUUAAUUCUGUUCACCAUAACUACAACAACAACCGUUCUUCCUCUACUCUUUUGUUAUCGAUUGCUGUUCUGUGAAAACCCUUUUGGUCGGAGGUGCAAUGAUGUUAUACUAUAUUUUAAAUAAAUAAAAAAACAACAUAAGUACAAUGUAAUAUCAUCCCAUCAAGUGUGCACACAAGCUGUAUGUACUGCCUCGGACCCCAAGAAACAAAGACGAUAUAUGCAGUUUCACUCCAUUUAAAAUAUAAUGCUGUUGGCGCUGGACGUUUUUGAGAUGGGAGAUUCAUGUGUGGAAAAAGAAGGGUUAUUAUCCUGAGGAGCAGGAGCUGUCUGCUAGAUGACAGGUUAGUCAGGUGGAACACCAUGCCAGGCUUAAUGCGUGUUUUCCAGACAAAGGGAGGAACUGGACUCACUAACUCACGGGAGUUCCUGGAGGACAGGUCCUUCUCCUGGCGAAAUAGUCUGAAGUGGAACUCCGAUAGGAAGGUUGUCACAAUGAUGUCUAUGUCUGCCAUCCUGAGCGGCGUCACCGCUCACAAAAUCAGCAAAACCAUCACGUUUUUAUUGAAUGAAUCCAUGGUGUUGAGUAGGCCACCACAGGGUGGCUCCAGACCCUUGCUGAUGCUGCUUCCCUGGCUGGGAUCUCAGCCUCGGGGCUUGGCCAAAUACUGUGACAUAUACCUGCGUAAUGGCUUUGAUGUGCUCAUCGUGGAGAGCCGGGUCAUCCAGUUCCUUUGGCCGAAAUGGGGCCUUGACUAUGUCUUGAAGGUCCUGGAGGUGCUGCAGAGUGAUAGGUUUGUGUGGCGCCCCCUGCUGGUGCAUGCUUUCUCAGGAGGGGGCUACACCUUCAGCCAGCUGCUGGUCCACAUCUGCAGAAAUCCCGGCCAGUAUGACGGCCUGAUUCGCAGGCUCUGAGGAAGGACUCCACCCAUGCAGGACACCUGCGAGAUCACCCUCAGGAGUACCUCUCCACGCUUCAGGAGUUCAUACAUUCUCUCAGCAUGGUUCCCCUCAAAGCCAAAAUGUGAGACCACCUGCUGAAAAUAAACACUGAACCUGCGUUUUUCCCUUCAGGUAGUAACUGAUAAGUACAGGGGAAACGAUGCUAAAAUGUUCUGUUUUGUCCUAAGGCCCAUAUUUUGUUUACACUCAAUAAAGAUACGCGAACAAC